AACGAUAGAUGGUUCUAUCGAUAUCCAAUAAUGAGCAUGCUCACGUUUCCAGCCGCGUCGAAAGGAAGACUGCUGCAAAGAAAAAGUCGACUGCAUGCUUUAGCCUUUUCCGGCGUGAGUUCAACAUGGGUAUUUCACGUAAUCAUUGGCAUAAACGAAGAGCUACUGGUGGCAAACGUAAACCAAUUCGCAAGAAGCGUAAGUUCGAAUUGGGACGCCCAGCAGCUAAUACCAAGAUUGGUGUUAAGCGAAUUCAUUUGGUUCGUACACGUGGUGGAAAUUGUAAACAUCGUGCCCUACGUCUUGAUCAUGGCAAUUUUUCUUGGGCUUCUGAACAUUGUACACGUAAGACCCGUAUUGUAGAUGUGGUUUAUAAUUCAUCUAAUAACGAAUUGGUUCGUACUAAAACAUUGGUCAAGAAUUGUAUUGUUCUUAUCGAUGCUACACCGUUUCGAACAUGGUACGAAGGCCAUUAUGCAAUGAUGAUGGGUCGUAAAAAAGGAGUCAAAUUGACUCAAGCUGAACAAGAAGUUGCCGAUCAAAUGGCUGCCAAGGCUGAACAUUCGAAAUAUAAGCUUCGUCAAAAGUAUGCCAAAGUUGAACAGGCACUUGAAGAACAAUUUAUGACUGGUCGUGUUUUAGCUUGUCUUUCCUCUCGUCCGGGUCAAGUUGGUCGUGCUGAUGGCUACAUUCUCGAAGGAAAAGAGUUGGAAUUCUACCUGCGAAAAAUUAAAGCCAAGAAAGGAAAAUAAGCAUUAAAAUUUGAUCAUUUUCAUAUUUUUUAUAAUGACAUUAAAAAAUUAUCCGAAAAUCUAAUAAAUAUUUUGCCAUUU